CAAAACCCAGGAACCCCUCCCAGCUCCCCUCCCGUCAGCAGCCAGAUCAAACGCCUAGGGUUUGGUUCGUGAGAGAGAAGAGAGGGUGCGAUGAAGCUUGCGGGGCUCAAGUCGGUGGACGGAGCUCACGAGGACUCGAUCUGGGCGGCCGCGUGGGUGCCCGCUGUUGACCACCGCCCCACGGCGCUGCUUCUCACCGGCUCCAUCGACGAGACCGUCCGCGCCUGGCAACCCGACGACCUCGCCGCCGCGUCCCCCCCGGCGGGAGGGCACGCGCUCGGAGUGAUAUCCCUCGCGGCGCAUCCUGCCGGGGUCAUAGCCGCCGCGGUCUCCAUCGACAGCCACGUCCGCGUCUUCGACGUCGACUCCGGCGCAUCCAUCGCCACGCUCGAUGCCGCGCCCUCCGAGGUCUGGGGCGUUCAGUUCCACCCCAAGGGUGUUGCUCUGGCUGCAGCUGGUGGUGGCAGUGGAUCAGUAAAACUCUGGGACACGGAGAAGUGGCAACCUAUUGCCAGCCUUCCUGUUCCGCGUCCAGAGGGAGCUCGCCCCGAUAAAACAGGCAGCGGCAAGUUUGUUCUUUCAGUGGCCUGGAGUCCAGAUGGCAAGCUCUUAGCAUGUGGAUCCAUGGAUGGCACGAUUGCGGUGUAUGAUGCGGUCCGCAUGAAGUUCCUCCACCACCUGGAGGGGCACCACAUGCCAGUGAGGUCCAUGGUGUUCUCGCCGGUGGACCCCCAUGUGCUCUUGACCGGAUGUGACGACUCCCACAUCCACAUAUACGAUGCCAAGGAGAAGGGCCUGAUCGGGGCCAUGUCGGGUCAUGCGAGCUGGGUGCUGAGCAUCGACGUGAGCCCGGAUGGCAUGGCGGUGGCGACAGGCUCCAGCGACCGCACCGUCCGGCUCUGGGACAUCAAUGCGAGGGCGUCAGUUCAGACCAUGAGCAACCACUCAGACCAGGUCUGGGCCGUUGCAUUCCGGCCGCCGGGAGGGGAAGGAGUCCGUGCUGGCCGGCUCGCCAGCGCUUCGGAUGACAAGAGCAUCUCCCUGUACGAUUACUCCUAGUUUUACAGAUUAGGCGAGCUGUGAUACAGCCCUCUGUUAUUGCCGUCUGUUCUACCAUGACCUGUACCGCUGUACGAUGCUGACUAAAGCCGUCACUUGCAAGUUGAGCGGGUUUAAUUGUAGUGGUUAAAAGUGAUUUUCCUGCAAGUGAUUGCGACAUGCUUAUUUGGAUUUCGGGUAUAGCU